GGUACAGACGCUGGAGUAGGGCAUGAUUUAUAUUACCGUCAGUUUGGGUUGUUCUCUAUUGUAGCCGUUCUUUUAGCAUUUAGUUAAUCGAAACAUUUUACCGUAUUGUACUUCGGUUAUAUGUCAGAAAUUUUAAUUAGAUCUUUCAAUUUUUUUAUGAAAUAUGUAUUUAAAUUUUAAAAGUAUAGCGAUUUUGCUGGUUUAUUAUAAUGUAUGAUAGUCUGCCGUUUCAGUCGAGGUAGCCUUUGUUAUCAGUGCUUGUUUAGGCCUAACGAUACAAAUAUAUAUAUGCAUAUCCAGUCCGUCUUGGAAGUUUCCAGCAUAAAUUUUGAAGCAUAUAUAUCAAAAUGCCAUUAUCUCGAAAUAAAUCUUCUGUUCCUAGCAUCACUGGAACGAACAACAUUUCUGCAAGCGAAGCAAAUCUUCCAAAAUUACCCGAAAAUAUAGAAAAAGUUACGUUGCCAGUUAUUAACAAUAGCCUCACAAGUAAUGGUUUUGGAUUAAAUUACCAAAGAGCAACCCUACAAGCCCACCAGCUGCCCAGUGAAAACAAUCCUGAAGAUAAUAACAGGACUUUUAGAAGUGGAAGGCUUACAACGAAGUCUAUCAGUGUGCACAGUAAUCCAUACAUGCCUCAAGCUGGAAAUUGUGAUGAAACAUCUGAUAACAGAAAUGUGUCUGGAAAAAGGACUCUUGUGGCUACCCCAGAGCAGGUAAUGAAAUUAUAUAUGCAUAAACUCACACCAUAUGAACGCCACGAAAUAUGCAGUUACCCACAAGUGUACUUUAUUGGUGCCAAUGCAAAGAAAAGACAGGGUGUUAUAGGGGCUCCGAGUAAUUGUGGCUAUGACGACGAGCAUGGUUCGUAUUUACACGUACCUCAUGACCAUAUAGCAUAUCGAUACGAAAUGCUUAAAAUUAUUGGUAAAGGUAGUUUUGGUCAAGUGGUGAAAGCAUACGACCACAAGACCCAUCAACAUGUAGCCCUGAAAAUGGUUCGUAAUGAAAAGCGUUUUCAUCGACAGGCUCAGGAAGAAAUUCGUAUACUGGACCACCUUCGUAAACAAGAUAAAGACAAUGGCAUGAACAUUGUUCACAUGCUAGAGAACUUUACAUUCCGAAACCAUACAUGUAUAACGUUUGAAUUACUCAGUAUUAAUUUGUACGAGCUCUUAAAAAAGAACAAAUUUCAGGGUUUUAGCUUGCAGCUGGUUCGUAAGUUUGCUCAUUCGUUACUUCAGUGUUUAGAUGUUUUACAGCGGAAUAAAGUAAUUCAUUGCGAUCUGAAACCGGAGAAUGUAUUGCUGAAACAGCAGGGUCGUAGCGGGAUUAAGGUAAUUGAUUUCGGAUCCAGUUGCUAUGAGCAUCAAAGAGUGUACUCUUACAUUCAGUCGCGAUUCUACAGAGCUCCAGAAGUGAUCCUCGGGGCUAAAUAUGGGACAUCAAUUGACAUGUGGAGUUUGGGAUGUAUCCUGUCAGAACUUGUUACAGGCUGCCCUUUGUUGCCAGGAGAGGAUGAGUUGGACCAACUCGCUUGCAUCAUCGAGCUUCUGGGUGUUCCACCAAGGAAUAUACUGGACCAAUCAAAACGUGCUAAAAACUUCAUAAAUUCUAGAGGGCAUCCUCGGUACUGUACUACGACAACUCUUCCCGAUGGUACUGUAGUGCUUAAUGGAGGUCGGUCAAGACGAGGGAAGAUGAGAGGUUCUCCAGGCAGCAAGCAGUUUACAACAGCUUUGAAAGGUUGUGACGAUCCCAGAUUCCUUGACUUUAUCAAGAAGUGUCUGGUGUGGGAUCCAGCUCUUCGCAUGACUCCAGCUGUUGCUUUGAAACACGAAUGGUUGAGACGUCAUUCAAGUAAAGUAUCACAGAGCACAGACAGUUCUGGCUCCUUGGUAAAAGCAGAAGUGGGUAAUACAGCUGUUAACAGUAAUGGCAAUGUUGGUACGUUGAUAACUCGGAUGAACACCAUAGGAAGUACCAAGUCUCGAGUGACAAUAACCAUGGUUGGCGAGAACGGAACAAAAGCAGUUGGGAACCAGAGCAAGUUGCCAAAAAUUGCAAACUCGGUCACUUGAUGAUCGUCUCGUUUAGGACCAAAGAAAUGCUAGCCAACAUUAGAACUGUCCUAGUGGCAGGUUACCGUUUCCUGACGACUCUUGCUGAUGUUGCUAUCUUCGCGAGUCGAAAAGGAAGAUUUGGUAGUUUUAUAGGAUUUUAUCAUCUGCAAUAGGAACUAUCCGUGACGACGAAUUGUCUGGUGAACAUGCUAGUGUGUUGUUUAUAUUUCCUGCAGAAGUACUUGGUGAAUACGUAGUCUGUUGCUAAGCUUUCUCUUGUAAACUCUCUCUCUUUAUAAACUGUGCUUUGGUUGAUAGGUUUGAAAAGAAUGUUGUACUUAUUAACUUCUUAUUUUAAAAAUGUUAAUUGUUAUAUCGGAUAAAGCAUCAAAAUAUUUAUAUGUAGAUAACUGACAUUUAAGGCAGCGUGUACAUUGAACCUUGUUAAUUGUAGGUAUAAUAUUUAAUAGGAAUGACGGAUUCCUAACGUGGUUGUCACUGGUGUGUGUGUGUCUACAAACUAAGAUUGAAAACCUAAUACUCAUUUUAAAGUGAGGCAUUUUUUUUCAACUUUAGUAUGUUGGUAAUGAUUGGUUUUCAUUCCCACACCUGUGCAGGUGUGAAGUUGUACGUUUUAAUCUAAUUAUAACUAAAGUAUUAAUUUGAUAUGUCUUGUAAGUAAACUAAAAAAUUUAUAUAAACCUUAGGCUUGGAUAAUUAAUUUUUAUGAAAUAUAAAAAUUAGUAAAUUACAGUGUUUAUAAAGUUUGUGUUGGUAUUGGACACUGAGUGUCUAUUGGCUUUUUUAUGAUGUAAAUUUAAAAACAAUUAGAUCUUACAACCUCAGAGGGUUGUUAUGUUACUGAUUGAAUUUGUUUUUCUCUUAAUCUAAAACCUCUGACAUUUUGAAAUAUUCGCAUUGUAAAUACAGUGUUUGUUUGUUUUGUUUUUGAUAAUUUAAAACUGUCUUCGUCCGAUCAAAGCUAGCUAUUUACAUAAUGAGAGCUAAAGAUUAACCCAGUAAUUAAUAAUAUAGCUAAUUUAAUAUACUGGUUUAAUGAAGUGGUAGAACCAUAACUUAAUGACAGAAAUGUGUAGCUUAGUUUUGUAUUUCAUAGUGUAUGGAUAUCACCUUUAAAAAGUAGCCGAUAUUUCUUUUUUUGACAGAAAAAAAUAUUCAUAAAUAGAGUGCAUAAAAUUUUUUUUAAAGAACCUUUUUAACAUGAAAAUGAGGAUAACAUGUACUGCCAUCUUUUACAUGUGCUGCUGUAAAGUUCAGCCAUUCAUAUCAGUAUUAAAUCAGUGUGUACCACAUUGACGUGUAUCGGUUCACCCAACUCUGGUACACAACUUUUUAUUAUCCAAUUUUUUGAGGGGAACUGUCCCCCUUAAUUUUUUCGAUGGACAUCUGAGGUGUACGUCGAGAGAAGGAAAUAGUCAGCUUGCUUGUGGCUAAAGUUCUUUGUCCUUGUAAAGUAUUUGUGGUGUUUGUUUAGAAAUGGUCAAUAAAUAAGUAGACCAAUAAAUGCUUAAAAAGAGCGAAAACUUACAAAGGUUUGGAUAAAGAUUUACAAGUUUAGUCCCCCCCACCCCGUCAGUGGCUCAGCUAUAAAUCUGAGGGCCCCCUACUGCUAAGAACUGGGUUUAGAUACUCGUGGUGGGCACAACACAGAUAGCCCAUUGUGUUCUAUUACUGCUAGUGCUGUUGUGAAAGUUGUAAUACAUGUUUAAACAAAAUUAUAAGUGGUUUACAAUACAGAAUUACCUGGUGUAGGCCUUUAUCUGAAAUAUUUCAAAUAAAUUCAAUUUCA